CACUGAAAUUGAUACAACAAUAAGGGCAAUGACGAACUUCACGGAAAUAUAUAAGAAAGAACUUCGAUAUGUUUGCGCUAUUACCUUUGCGUUCAAUUUUCCAAGCUAAAAAGGUAUGAUACCAGUGGCAGUUAGGGCAAUGGGUAAUGAUCGAAUCUGUGAUUGAACGUUAAGUGUGCUGUUCCUACACUGUUGUUCAUGGUUCAAGAAUGGUCACAACUUUUGGUAGCAAUGGGAAACCUCUUCGAUUGCUCAAGAUGUGGAAGCAACAAAUUCUAAAUUUCAAUUUGCAAUUAAUAAGAAAAACGAGCAUCUUAAUGAAUGAUCUAAUUAUGAGUAAUAAUUGGGAAGAAUGGAGUUAUUCAGUUACUCUAUCUACAACAGUUCCUUAGGGGAAUCCAGUGUGAAUUACUUCCCAUGAGAAAAAUUCCCUCUGUGCUUUACACGUCGUUGGCGACAGUUGAGGAAGCUAUGAUACAAAUACAAUUUUGAAUUAAAUCGAACUGUAACUCUCAUGACACGUGCUACAUCAAAUAAACCCUCCUCAAAAAUGUGUAAAUUGAUGGCUGUCACGAAAUGCGUAAAUGGUUUGUGAUUUUUCUAAAACAAACACCAGUAUAGAGCCACAAAGCAAAAAUUUCCACAGGGUUUAGUCGCAAAUUCCAAAGGGGGAAGUGGAAUCAUUUUAAAAAGGUAAAGGGAAUGUGUCACGGAUUUGCUUUCUUGCCAACUUUAGCCACCCUGUCAAUGCCUUCAAGGGUAGAGGAAAUGGCCUCUUCUGGAGAAAGGCCACUGCAAAGAGUUAAACUGUAAAUAAAUACGUCAAAAUGCAAAAACCACCAAUAAUAUCCUACCCUGGCCAGUCCAUGCUGAAAACCUGGUUGAGUCACUUUAAAGUCAGGGCCUCCUCUAUCCAGAAAAAAUUCCAGUCGGCUUCCAGCCAAUUUCCAUUAUAUUACAAAAACAGUGCCUGGGCCAGGCAGUGGAAUGCUUUUUUUAAUCAGUGACAGCUGUCAGGAACUUGUCAGAAGCCUGUUUCGGCUGUCUUUGAAGUGUUAUUUUGGCGGAAAGGUGGUGUUGUGGCUUGGUUGGCACGUGGCAAGACCCCCCCCCAUCGGGUUAGCCUGGGAAACAAGGCCCCUGACGGUACUGUGAUCUACUUUUUUGCAGGUUUUAGGAGCUGUAGAGGCUACAGGAGAACAACUAAAGUAUUUAAAUGCCCUUAAUAAGGAAUCUGAGCUCCGAAACCCGAGAAAUGAUAUGGCCUCUUCAGAAGAGCAGCCCGUGCAGCCAAAAAUACCUAAGGGCAUCGUAGGGUAAAAAUUUAGCUAGUUUCACCGCGCAUGGGUAUAGCCCUGAUUUGAGAAACUGUCUACGAACGUACACAACUGUUUCACAACUUUGCACAAGUAAUGAUCCCCAGUGACCAUAUUUCCAAACAACAUACAAUGGCAACAUUUACUACAAUGGCAACAUUUACUGGAACAUCUGCUCGACACACGUUACGGUUCUAUACAUUACACAAAAUAGAGCCUUGUUACGUUUGUACUUUGUACAGGGAAAGUAGAUUAGCUAACUUCGGUUCCUUAUACUCUUGCGUUAUCUCUGCUCCGCUUGAGACUCACAACAUCUGCAUCUUGAUAAUGUUUGUCCUGGUCUUUGACACUUGUGUGGUACCUCCACGACUAUAGAAUCUUUGGGUUUUAUUUUAGUUAAAAGAGGCACUUACAGAGGUCCAUGCCAGUUAGCUUGUUGCAGUGUGAGCCGUUCCGGUUAGAGCAAGACACCAUGCAGUUGCUAUUCGUAUUGCUGACACUCUUCGCUGUCGCACACGGCAAGAGUUAUGAUGGGUAUCAAGUAUUUGAAAUCACACCCAAAUCAAGAACUCAGUUUCAACAGAUGAUGGAUUUGGACGGGCAAUUCUUUGACGACCUUGAUUUCUUGAAGACCAAACCCGUCGGCGAACCCAGUCAAGUGAUGGUGCCUCCCAUGCACGUGGACAAGCUCAAGGAAGCUUUGGAAGAGUUGCAAAUUGAGUUUGGGGUAUACAUUGACAACCUCCAACCCCUCAUUGACAAAGAGACGAAAGCUAUCGCCUCACGUGAGAAGGCAACAACCUUAGCAAGUUUCGAUUACAAAGUAUACCACAGCGUGCAAGAGAUCUCGGACUGGAUGACAGACUUCAGCCAAACCGAGUCCACAAGUUCCCUUACCAUCAAGGAAAUCUAUAUAGGCCAUUCAUUUGAGGGACGUUCUAUUAAGGCACUGAAGAUUUCUACAGGGAGCGGUCGGCUUGGUGCUUACACCCAAGGGGGCAUAGAUGCUAGAGAAUGGAUCUCGCCUGCCACUGUCAUCUACGUCGUCCAGAAGUUUGUAGCAGGCUUCAAGAGUGGGUACAGCGCAGCCACCACAUUUUUCAACAAGUUUGACUGGUACGUUAUCCCCCUGCUCAACCCUGACGGUUACCACUACACUCGUCCAGAGUCGUCACCCAACGAUCGUAUGUGGAGUAAGAAUCGUCAACUCACCUCCUCUACCUACUGUAAAGGAAUCAACUUGAACAGAAACUAUGGCUACCAAUGGGCUGGGAGUGGUUCCUCCAGCAACCCCUGCAGUGAAGUUUAUUUUGGAGAUUACCCAUAUAGUUCAUACGAAAUCAAGUCGGUCAAGAAUUGGCUGCUCAACCUGAAGAAAAGUCAGACCUUUAUGAUCCACGUGGAUGUCCACAGCUACGGCCAGUAUUGGGUCUAUCCUUACAGCUAUAUUAACAGUCAAUAUGCCAAGACCGAGGAUCAUGAUGACCUGGAACGGGUGGCCAAGGCUGCGACACAGGCACUGACAGCAGUGUUUGGCACAAAAUACAAAACAAUGACAUCUGGAGACUUGUACCCGGCAGGUGGGGUGAGUGAGGACUUUGGUUACAAGAUCCUGAAAGCUAAGUACUCUUACGCUGUGAAAUUGCGGGACACAGGACAUUAUGGGUAUGAGCUGCCUGAGAACCAGAUUAGACCUUGUGGAGACGAAACCUACUCUGGGUUCAGAGAAAUGUUCCUAGAAGUCCUGAAGGAGGUUUAAGACAUAGAGGGGUCGCUACAGGAACUGACGGAAAACAAAGGAUUAUUACAAAUAAUAAUCUAGAAAAGCAUUAUUAAAUAAAAAAGUAAAUGAUACAGAUUGAAAGCCACACUACUGUCAUAAUAAUGGUAACAUAAAUAAUUGACAGUCACAAAGAAAAAUAUCAAACCUUUAAAUAAACUCUUUUGGUAAAUAAUUGUGAAGGUAUCUUCUGAAACAGUCUCCAUUUGAAUCAAAAAGAAAGAUAGAAACUUAGAAAAGAUUCUCAAAACAAAAUAAGGGAACGUGGAAACAAUUGUCUUAGGGGUUUACAGAAUGGUUAUGGGUAUUAUGGGUGAAUUUUCCCCUCACCAGAAGAAGCCUAGAAGCCCUCUGACAAAAACUCAAUGCUGACAUUUAGACUUGGACCGCGCAAGCCGAUGUAGCAAGCCAUUUUAUUUUUAAAAGGAGGCCUUGUUGUAUUUUUCUUCCAAACUUACCUUUAAGACGUCCGCAAACUUUUAAAUGAAAACUGUUAAUAUAAGGACACAUACUCAAGACAGGUAAUAUGUUCACGGUACAUGUAAUUCAUUGUGAAAGUGUUUU